UUUUACGUGUCCAAUUUGUUUGGACAUUCUCAGGGAUCCAGCGACUAUUCCCUGUGGACACAGUUACUGCAUGGGCUGCAUUAAGGGCUGCUGGGAUCAGAAAGAUCCGAAGGGAGUCUACAGCUGCCCCCAGUGCAGACAGACAUUCACUCCAAGACCCAUUUUAAGCAAAAAUAAUAUUGUUGCAGAGCUUGUGGAACAGGUAAGGAAGACCAGAAUCCAAGCUGUUGCUCCUGCUCCUGUAUGUGGUCCCGGGGAGGUGGAGUGUGAUCUCUGCACUGGAAGAAAACUGAAAGCUGUUAAGUCCUGUCUGGACUGUCUGUUGUCUUACUGUGAAACUCACUGUAAAGCUCACAACAAUGUACAACCUGGGCGAAAACACAAGAUGAUUGAUGCUACAGGCCUACAGGAGAGGAUCUGCACUCAACAUGAGAAGCCUCUGGAGAUAUUCUGUCGCACAGAUCAAACUUGUGUCUGUUUUCUCUGUAUGGUGGAUGAACACAAAGGCCAUGACACAGUGUCGGCGUCUGCAGGGAGACAGGAGAAACAGACACAAAUGAGAGAGACCCAGAGGGAUUUUCAGCAGAGAAUCCAGGAGAGAGAGAAGAAGCUACAGGAGCUGAGGAAGACUGUGGAGACUCUUAAGAGCUCUGCACAAACAGCAGUGGAGGACAGUGAUAGGACCUUUACAGAGAUGAUCCACACCAUUGAGAGAAGACGCUCUGAGGUGAAAGAUCAGAUCAGAGCUCAGGAGAAGGCUGAGAUGAGUCGGGUUGAAGGACUCCUGAAACAACUGGAGCAGGAGAUUAUUGAACUGAAGAGGAGAGAUGCUGAGCUGGAACAGCUUUCACACACAGAGGAUCACAUCCAUUUCCUUAAGACUUUCCAGUCAGUGAGCAACCCACCUGAGACUAAAGAUGUAUCCAGUAUCUGUGUAAACCAAAGCCUCUCCUUUGAGGCUCUGAAGAAAUCUGUCUCCUCACUCAAGGGGCAGCUGGAGGAGUUCAACAAGGAGGAAGUCAUGAAGAUGUCUGCAGCAGUGACUGAAGUCCAGACUAUUUUGCCUCCAGAACCUACAACCAGAGGGGAGUUCCUAAAAUACUCCUGUCACUUCACACUGGAUCCGAGCACAGCAAAAAGGAAUUUCCAUCUCUCUGAAGGGAACAGGACUGUAAAAAGGGGUGUUGAACUGCACUAUCCUUAUCGUCCAGAGAGAUUUGAUGUGUGGGCCCAGGUGCUGUGUAGAGAGGGUGUGUCUGGGCGAUGCUACUGGGAAGUUGAGUGGAGUGAGAAUGUUCGUUUAGCAGUCUCAUAUAAAAGCAUCAGGAGGAAAGGAAGGGCUGAUAAGUGUGGGUUUGGACAUAAUUAUCAAUCCUGGUGUCUGUCCCUUCAGCACCUCAGCUUAUCUUUCUGGCACAAUGAUGAACAGACCAAACUCCCCCUAGUGGUCAGCUCCAGAAUAGGAGUGUAUGUGGAUCACAGUGCAGGAAUUCUGGCCUUCUACGACAUCUCUAACACAAUGACCCUCCUGCACAGAGUCCAGACCACAUUCACUCACCCACUUUAUCCUGGGUUUUGGCUAGCCAAUAAAUCUGCAUUGACACUAUUGUCAGUUGAGAAUUGGUCUGGUAUUAGCCAGGCUGGGUCCCUGCUGCAGUAGUCUCCGUGUCCACUCAAUUUCUUGUACAAACAAGUUUUGAACUUAUAUCUUAUCUAUCUCCAUCCAUAUAGACCAAGAAAGUAAAUUCUAAAAAUACCGUUUGAAAAUGUUCUGAAUGUAAUCAGCUGUGAAUGUAAAGUCAGCUUCUGAUUGCUCUGCAUACCUUUAAUAAAAUAUGUUUGCCGUAUUGUGUCCUAUUCUGUCUCCCCUAUUGGACAGACUGUCAUCAUAUGUGGAAGCAAAAAAAUAUAAAGAUGCCUCAAAACCUUUGUAAACUAUUUCUACCUUAAACACAAACAUGUUGUUUUU